UCUUCUUCUUCUUCGUCUCCACGUUUACAAUGGCAUUCGUUUCUCAGUCAGUGAAGUUCUUUCGGAUCCCUAACCUCCCUCUCUUUCUCUCUCUACAAUUCCAUUUCUUCUUCUUCUUCUUCUUCUUCUUCUUGUAGAUCUAGAUUCAAUCUGUUUAGGGCUUAGAUUUUGAUUCCGAGAAGCGAAUCUUUCUUAGAUCCGGAAUUUGACCUCCAUGGAAAUGGCUUCCAAUCCGCGAACUGUCGAAGAAAUCUUCAAGGAUUACAGCGCUCGAAGGGCUGGCCUCGUCCGCGCUUUAACUUACGAUGUUGAUGAAUUUUAUGGGCUUUGUGAUCCAGAGAAGGAGAAUUUGUGUUUGUAUGGACAUCCAAAUGAAAGCUGGGACGUGGCUUUGCCGGCGGAAGAGGUUCCACCGGAGCUUCCCGAGCCAGCACUUGGUAUCAACUUUGCUAGAGAUGGAAUGAAUCGCAAGGAUUGGCUUUCACUAGUAGCUGUUCAUAGUGACUCUUGGCUGCUUUCUGUGGCUUUCUAUUUUGGAGCACGUCUUAACCGCAAUGAGAGGAAGCGUCUAUUCAGUAUGAUCAAUGAUCUUCCUACUGUCUUUGAAGUUGUGGCAGAAAAAAAGCCCGUCAAAGACAAACCCAGCGUGGACAGUGGAAGCAAAUCCCGAGGCAGCACAAAGAGAUCCAAUGAUGGUCAAGUGAAAAGCAAUCCUAAGCUUGUAGAUGAGAGUUUUGAGGAGGAAGAAGAUGAACAUAGUGAAACCCUAUGCGGGAGCUGUGGCGGAAACUAUAAUGCGGAUGAAUUUUGGAUUGGUUGCGACAUAUGUGAGAAGUGGUUCCACGGAAAAUGUGUGAAGAUCACCCCUGCUAAGGCUGAGAGCAUCAAGCAAUACAAAUGUCCAUCUUGUAGCAUGAAAAGAGGCAGGCAGUAGUAAACUGCCGGUGAAACAGGAGGAAAACGACGUUGUUUCGGAGGCUGACAAAGUAGAUAGCUACCCCUCUUAAAACUUUUCAAGUAUAGCAAUUUGAUGUGUUGGUUGUGAUGUUUGUUACUGUAGAUGGUUUUAAUGGGUUGAUGUUGCUUUCUUCUUUUGCUGAAUAUCUAUACACAUAUUUAAAAUCCUUAAUUUGAUGCCGAGUAUAUUAAAACAUACUUAUUAAAGAGUUUUCUUUUCUGAGAAA